GCGGGGGCGAGGCAGAUGGGGCUCAAGGCGCGCAGGGCGGCGGGGGCGGCUGGCGGCGGCGGCGACGGGGGCGGCGGCGGCGGGGCCGCUAACCCGGCCGGAGGGGACGCGGCGGCGGCCGGCGACGAGGAGCGGAAAGUGGGGCUGGCGCCCGGCGACGUGGAGCAAGUCACCUUGGCGCUCGGGGCCGGAGCCGACAAAGACGGGACCCUGCUGCUGGAGGGCGGCGGCCGCGACGAGGGGCUGCGGAGGACCCCGCAGGGCAUCGGGCUCCUGGCCAAGACCCCCCUGAGCCGCCCGGUCAAGAGGAACAACGCCAAGUACCGACGCAUCCAAACUUUGAUCUACGACGCCCUCGAGAGACCGCGGGGCUGGGCGCUGCUCUACCACGCGCUCGUGUUCCUGAUUGUCCUGGGAUGCUUGAUUCUGGCCGUGCUGACCACGUUCAGGGAGUACGAGACUGUUUCGGGAGACUGGCUGCUAUUACUGGAAACAUUUGCUAUUUUCAUCUUUGGAGCCGAGUUUGCUUUGAGGAUCUGGGCUGCCGGAUGUUGCUGCCGAUACAAAGGCUGGCGAGGAAGACUGAAGUUUGCCAGGAAGCCCCUGUGCAUGCUGGACAUCUUCGUGCUGAUCGCCUCCGUGCCGGUGGUUGCCGUGGGAAACCAGGGCAAUGUGCUGGCCACCUCGCUGCGCAGCCUGCGCUUCCUGCAGAUCCUGCGCAUGCUCCGCAUGGACCGCCGGGGCGGCACGUGGAAGCUCCUGGGCUCCGCCAUCUGCGCCCACAGCAAAGAGCUCAUCACCGCCUGGUACAUUGGGUUCCUGACGCUCAUCCUUUCUUCAUUUCUUGUCUACCUGGUUGAGAAAGACGUGCCCGAGGUGGAUGCGCAGGGAGAAGAGAUGAAGGAGGAAUUCGAGACCUAUGCAGAUGCCCUCUGGUGGGGCCUGAUCACACUGGCCACCAUUGGCUACGGAGACAAGACGCCCAAAACGUGGGAGGGCCGCCUGAUUGCAGCCACCUUUUCCUUAAUCGGCGUCUCCUUUUUUGCCCUUCCAGCGGGCAUCCUGGGGUCGGGGCUGGCACUCAAGGUACAGGAGCAGCACCGGCAGAAGCACUUUGAGAAAAGAAGGAAGCCGGCCGCUGAACUCAUUCAGGCUGCCUGGAGGUAUUAUGCUACCAACCCAAACAGGAUCGACCUUGUGGCAACGUGGAGGUUCUACGAAUCGGUCGUCUCUUUCCCGUUCUUCAGGAAAGAACAGCUGGAAGCUGCAGCCAGCCAAAAGCUGGGUCUCUUGGAUCGGGUUCGCCUUUCUAAUCCUCGUGGUAGCAAUACUAAAGGAAAGCUAUUUACCCCUCUGAAUGUAGAUGCCAUAGAAGAAAGUCCUCCUAAAGAACCAAAGCCUGUUGGCUUAAACAAUAAAGAACGCUUCCGCACCGCCUUCCGCAUGAAAGCCUACGCUUUCUGGCAGAGCUCUGAAGAUGCUGGGACAGGUGAUCCCAUGGCAGAAGACAGGGCCUACGGGAAUGACUUCCUCAUCGAAGAGAUGAUCCCCACCCUGAAGGCCGCCAUCCGAGCCGUCAGAAUUCUACAAUUCCGUCUCUAUAAAAAAAAAUUCAAGGAGACUUUGAGGCCUUACGACGUGAAGGAUGUGAUCGAGCAGUAUUCUGCAGGACAUCUCGACAUGCUUUCCAGGAUCAAGUACCUUCAGACAAGAAUAGACAUGAUUUUCACCCCUGGACCUCCGUCUACCCCAAAACACAAGAAGUCUCAGAGAGGGGCAGCAUUCACCUACCCAUCCCAGCAAUCUCCCAGGAACGAACCGUACGUAGCCAGAACAUCCACAUCAGAAAUCGAAGACCAAAGCAUGAUGGGGAAGUUUGUGAAAGUUGAAAGACAGGUUCAUGACAUGGGAAAGAAACUGGACUUCCUCGUGGAUAUGCACAUGCAGCACAUGGAAAGGCUGCAGGUGCACGUCACGGAGUACUACCCGACCAAGGGCACCUCCUCGCCGGCCGACGUGGAGAAGAUGGAGAACAACCGAGAUUCUGAUUUGAAAACCAUCAUCUGCAACUAUUCGGAGACGGGCCCCCCCGAGGCCCCCUACAGCUUCCACCAGGUGCCCAUUGACAAAGUCGGCCCCUACGGGUUUUUUGCCCAUGACCCAGUGACCCUUCCCCGAGGAGGACCCAGUUCGGGAAAGGUCCAGGCGACGCUUUCCUCCUCAGCAACGACGUACGCGAAAAGGCCCACCGUCCUGCCUGUCUUGACUCUUCUCGACUCCCGAGUGAGCUAUCACUCCCAGGCUGAACUGCAUGGCCCCUGCUCGGACCGGGUCUCCCCUCGGCAGAGACGGAGCAUCACGCGGGACAGUGACACGCCCCUGUCCCUGAUGUCGGUCAACCACGAGGAGCUGGAGAGGUCUCCGAGUGGCUUCAGCAUCUCCCAAGACAGAGACGAUUACGUGUUUGGCCCCAACGGGGGGUCGAGCUGGAUGAGGGAGAAACGUUACCUCGCCGAGGGUGAGACAGACACGGACACGGACCCCUUCACACCCAGUGGCUCCCUGCCUCUGUCAUCCACAGGGGACGGGAUUUCUGAUUCCGUAUGGACCCCUCCCAACAAGCCCAUUUAAAAGGGGUCAGGGGCUGCGUCCUCCUUGUAAUGUAGACACACGUUGUAUGGCUCACUUGCUCUCACAGCCGACACUUAUCAGUGAGACCACCAGUGGCUGCGUAAAAACACAUGCAUGUGUGCGGCGGCCUCCCACCGGGCAGGGCCUUCUUCCUCCCCAGGUCACCACAGUGAAGCCGCUUCCUUUUCAGCAUGGUUUGCAUGACUUUACAAUAUAUAAAUGGUACCGCUAAUCUCUUCUAGGAUACACAUUUAUCUGCUGUUCUUACUUUAAAUCAUGAUUGGACCAGUACGGGGAGAAAUUAUCGACGAGCCGUGCUACUUGUCCGUUUGGGUUUUGGUUUGGUAAGCGGGGAAUGUAGUUUAAGUUAUUUCUCGAACCACUGCCCCUUUGUGUAAAACAGUUCGGUGAUUAACUGUUUUCUACGGCAAGCAACUAGUUUGCUCAGCAAAAAUGCAUUGCGUGUCAAUGAGGUGGCCAACCGAGCUAAAACGCUAGGAAAGGAACAAGGCAGUCAUCGCCUAUCCAAAAGCAAGAAUUUUAAAAAUUACCUGAUUAAGGAAAAACUAGCAAAACCAUCUCAAAGCUCUCAAAGGGACCUCACCUGGUCUGCCAUUGUCUGGUAUCAUGCCUCGGUUUCCUCAUCUGUGGUAAUCCCAAGUGUAGCAUUUCAAGUGAGUUAUGAAUUGAUGGGGAGAAAAUACACACACACAUACACACUCACACGCAAGUUCAAAUCGUGUCCAAUUUAUGUAGCCAAAGAUAAUGAAAUGUAUCAGAAGUAGGGUGCCCCUCUGGGCAGGAGCUAAGUUCAGUGCCUUCAAAAUGAGGUUUCAACUCCCAUGCCUCCCCCUGAUACUUGUACAAAAUAUCCAUCUCAGAUGAAAAUUAGAAACCAGAAAUUAUCCGGUCCAAGUUCUCCUUUGUAAAAAUGAGAAACCUUUGACUCCUGUAGAGACAAGCCGGGGUCGGUCCAUCGUCCCCUGGAGAUCUGGGACUCCAAGCCCAGUCAGCUGACUCGUUCCAUGCCCUGGUCUCCUCCUCUCACACCACUCUGCCCUUUAUACGAUGGGAUCCAGAAAUUGUGCCAAGAUACCUGUCCUCCCUGUCGUGUGGCAGGCGCCUACAACACAAUUUUCCCGGCAAGAGGGGGCUGUUUGCUUUUAUUGCAAAAUGUGCUUGCCUGACGCAUUGCAUUUAGGAUCCAGAAACACACACACACACAUACACACACACACACACACACACACACACACACACACACUACAAGCAAGCUUCAACAUUUACUAAUAUGCAAAAGGGCAAAACUUUCAGAAUCAUCCAACUCUACUCCUCCAGAUUUUUUAAAUCACACGUAGCCGUAAGAUUAGCCAAAGUGCGAACAGAGCCCCUGAGAGCACUGCCCUCGUGGAUGAGUAUUCCAUAUUAAGCACAAGCCCUCCUGUGGCCUCUUACAAGAUGUCACUACUCUCUGAAACACUUUGAUGGAGAAAGGUUUCUGUUAGGCUUGGGCUGGGUUAGCUAAAUGACCAGGCCACAAUAUCACUGUCUCGCUGUUAUCCCACAUCUAAGCGCUGGUUGUGGGUGGUUACCAUGGUGACCAUCAAGCAGAUCAAAAGGGCCUAACCAUCUACAUGCAUAUUCCACUGUGGCAGAUACCUGGUUGAUGGUUUCAUCGUGACCUGAUGCAGGACUCUUGUACUGUGUUAGAAGGCAGAACUAGUUUCUCAGAGAUGGUCUCCUUUCGACCCCCAUGUCAACAGCUACUGUGCAAAAGGCUCAGAGUACAAUAAUAAUGAAGGUUUGGUCCCUGACGUUAGCAGGGCACAACCAAAGCCUGCAGUCUUUGGCCCAGGGCAGGCAUUGUCAGGGGUAGGUGACAUUUACAUGGAGUAUCUCACAGAGAGGUAUUGACGUUGAGGUCUGAGGUGGGAAAGACACAGGAAUGAACACACACUUUGGAUAUGAACCUCCUCCCCUAUGGUGCGCCAUUUGACCUUCUAACAAUCUGAAGGGCAAAGGGAAUGGGACACAUGCAUGAAAGUGCCAUUGGAGUUAAUGACCUAAGAAACCCAAUGCCCCUUCCUUAGGGUUUGGUUCUUGCUUCUGACCUUCCUGGAAUCUUUUACUACAAAUGAUUGAGCUUCUAUCAUCUAACACAUUACUAUGGUCUUCUUUAUGUACAUGAGUUAUUUGAAACAAACAAAAAAAACUGAAGAAUGAAUCAAAGCCUCCACAUAGGCACCAAUUAUUUUUACCUACCUUAUGAAUAUUCUUGCAGAAGCGACUGGCCUCAGUACCUUACAAAUACAUGCAUUCGCCAGGAACUCAAUGGAGUCCUCAGCAGGAUAAGUGAAACUUUCUCAUCCUCAAGCUAAAAAUAGUUACCAUGGAUCCAAAGUCAGAGGACCGCCUUGGGCUCUUUUAAAAACCUACAAAGGAUAAGAGCUUGUAUUAUCUCUUAAACCACAGGAGGACAGCCUAGCUUCCCCUGCUGGAUCAUAAGGCCAGGAUGACAGAGAUUGGGUUUGUGUCAAUUAUCAUCAUGUCUCCAACAUGUAGUAAGCUGUCAUUAUCAGUGUAGACGAAGACAAAACACAUUUUUCAUGAAUGACUAAAUGGUAAGACUUUUUAAAAGCUAUUCUUUCCCAUCUAAAAAAAAAAAAAAGAAGCAAAAUGAUCUUCUGGAAUUUGCUGCUUGGAUAUCCCUUAAAAAAAAAGUCAUCCCAGAAAAGCAAGCCAAAUCUGUUGAAGUUAUCUGCUCAUGAACAACAUCAUCAUCAUGGCUGGCAUUGAUGAAGCAGAAAUUCAAGGUGUAGAGUUGAACUUAAGUUAUGGGGAGAAACAACGUGUGCUUCCACAAAGAUCUUUUUGUCAGACACAAGAACAGCAUGAUGGAAAAAUCCAACAGAACAGGCUAAUAACGUGGCCCAAGAUUAUUCUACUUCAGAUUUAUCAGUGGUCCCGAAGCUUGCAGGAAAACUGCAAUAGUUUUAGCAGAAUACCAUGAAGUUGUGACAAAUUAAUUCCAUUAUAAAAACUGGGAAUUAUUUCCUCGAGUGGAACCAUAAUCCCAUUAUAGGAGUUCAGUCUCUCUGUGUCACACUAUGAUAUAUGAACACUUCAAGAGGUCAUUUUUUAGCAGAAUCAAAAUGAAUGAGAUCAAUCUAUCUUCCAAAUGUUAGGUGAGAGGUGAUCCUGUCAGGCUGAGAAGAAAGCAGUUGAGAUCAAGUGUGCGUUUUGACCAUCAAACACCAGCACACAAGCAAACACGAAAAGUUUAAGAAAAAAAAAAUUGUGAGAGGCAAAGGAAAAAAAAACCAUCAAACUGAGAAAGUUCUAUUCACUGACUAUUCUUUUUCUGGGGACUAAGAGCUUGGACUUCUUAGAUAUAACAUGGAUAUAAUAAAGCUCUAGUUUCAAUGAAAACAUCUAGAAAACACCAAGAUAUACAAUAGUUCAAAAUGAGCUAAUUAGUCAGCAGUGAAUGCAUUAUGCCUUGCCAUCUUUGUGCAAGGCAGUUCCUAGACACUAAGUUGAAAGAAUAAUUACUUGUAGAAAAUCCCAAUAUAAUAAGAUAUACUCAAAUUUGCAAGACCAUUCUCCUAAAUCCAUGCCACUCUACCAAGAAUGUAAUAAAAACAUUCAUGUGUUUACCCAUUUACAAGAUUUACUAAGCACUGCCGUCUGCUAGGCACUGUGCAACAUACUGGAAAUUCAGAGUUAAGAAAACCACAGUUCCUGCCACCGAAGAGCUAGGAAUCUGGUGGCCUCAAAUAUUGGAGGUCCCUACAAAUUAUGUCUACCAGGAAUGGAAAGUAUCUGAUUUUAUCCCCGAAGACAUCUGCACAGAUAGGAACACUUCCUCACAUGGAAUCGGUGGGAGAUUGAGCAUGGAGGAAAGUAAAAGCACGAAUUCUCCAUCAAAAUGAUAAUGAUACCAUCAGUUCAGGGAAGACUGAGUGGUUGAAUGAGGACUUUGAGUUUGGGUCCAAUGCACUGGGCUUUAUAGCUCCAGAUAAACUACGUACAAAAGAAGUUCUAGACUAUCUGAGAACGUUCUUGGGAAAAAACUAGCUUUCUCCUCCUCUCCAGAUCCCUACAAUGAUUGAGUCCAGGCAAGAAGCUGGGCUACCUCCAUUUCAUUAUGUUGACCAAGAGAGACUUGUACUAGCCAAGACAUAUAUUUCAAGAGAAAAGUGUCACUCUGCCAGUGGGACUCUGCUAAUCAAAUUCUCCUGAAGUGAGUGAGAGAAGAAAUUUGUUCAGUGGUCUAAGUUGACUUCACUUUGGGCAGUACUGACAAGCAUAUCCCCAGCUUCUCCCAGAAGGUGCCACGUAGCUGGCCUUUGUUUUCUGUGAAUAUGCUUCCAAGGCACGUAGGACCAUAUGGAUUUCCUUUGCUUUCUGAACCCCAGGCAUCCUUAGGAAUUUGCCUCGUGUCCUCACUAGUCCUUGGAGGCUUGCUUAUUUGAAGAUAAACUUUUUCAAAGAGUAGAAGUCCUUUCUUGGCAUCCAAAUCACCCAAAGUUUUUAUGUUACUGAUAUUACACUACUCAAAACUGAGCUAAGAGUUCCCUAAACAAGGCAGCAGGUACCACUUCUCUGAUGCCCAGAUUAGAACAUGUUAAGAACCAGGCUAUCUCUAUAGCUUUCAUGGCUUGGGAAACCAGCAGUGGAAAUCUCAAAGAGAUAUAAAGGAUCUAGAGAUGACCUGGAUGAAAAUUUGAAUCUUAGGACACUCAAAAGUGUUUGACUUUCCUGGUCAGUUUUGAUGUUCAAAUGAGACAAUCGAUAUAUAUAU